AUGCCCGCCUCGACUUCGACCUCGACCUCGUCCAGCUCACGUGCCGCCGCGGUCGGUCCCUACGCCAAGCCCGCCCCGCGGCCUCGCCGCACACCCUCGUCCACACUCGAUGCCGACCCAGCACUCGGUACCUUGGGAGCUCUCUACAUUGGCUGGGGCGCAGGGCAGCAGGACCCGGCGCCGCUGUGCUGCGCCGUCCAGGCGCGCGCGAGCCUCGUGCACCGGUUCGGCGAGGCCGCCGUCGGCUACUUGACGGUGCAACCGCAGGCGCAGCCGCUGCCGAAACCUCGACCUCGGCAACCUCCUCCCUCGGCCUCGCUCGCCUGCCUCCCCCUCGGCGCUCUCCCUCCCCUGCCGCCUUUACCGCGCCGCACGAGCAGCACGUCGCCGUCCCUGUCUACGACGCCAUCCCUCUCGGCCACGUCGUCCCUCUCGUCCUCGCCGGGCCUCACGCCCUCGCCGCCGACCCCGCCCCCGAGCGAGCUCUUCACGUUCGAGGACGCGCUCAACAGCUCGGUCAAGGACGCGUUUGGCGCCUCGACGUUCGACGACACGACGCUCGCCCUCCCGCUCGUCGACUCGCGCCCCUCGUCGCCCCGCCUCGGCGCCGCCGCCUCCUCCUCCCUUGCCGCGCCCGCUCUCCCGCCUCUCCCGCUCCACAGCGGCACGACCUUUGUCCCAACCUUCUCGCUCUCGCUCGCGAGCGUGCCCGAGUACGUCGCGGGCGGCGUCUCGUCGGCCAAGGACGAGGUCGUCGACGAGGACGACGAGGCGCUGUGGAGCGCCGGCGAGGACCCGCUGUGGAACUGCGGCGCGACGGACGUCAUGAGCGAGGCGAGCUGGGCGUGGUGAGCAAGCGUCG